UUUGUGGUGGUGAUUAUGGUUUGCAAAAAAUUAAAAUAUGUACUAUUUCUUUGUUUCCUUUUGCGCGAUUUGGAAGCUUUGCUUUCGAAAAUCUUAGCUCGUGCGGCCUCGUUUCCGUACGAGUCGCUUGGACAUGGAUAUGGGUUUAGAUUCACGAAGUUUAGGUCGGAGAUUGAACAAAUCAAAAAGCGACCUUUGCGAGUGCAGAAUGUUCACUUUUGGGCACCAACCUUCAAAUGGGGCAUCAGCAUAGCUAACGUUGCUGACUUCUCCAAACCACCUGAAAAGCUUUCAUAUCCUCAGCAAAUAGCGGUUACAUGCACUGGAAUUAUCUGGUCACGUUAUAGCACAGUAAUCACUCCGAAGAAUUGGAACCUUUUCAGUGUCAAUGUUGCAAUGGCCACAACAGGGCUGUACCAACUUUCACGCAAAAUACGGCACGACUAUUUUUCUGAGCCAGAAGCAGCCGUUGCAAAUGACGACUGAGAAGUCCUAAACUUCCAUUUGCCUCCUUGCAUUUGUUGAUUAUCAAUGUACUUGUAUACCAUCUACAAAUAAGAGAGCUCUUGGAAUCUUGAGCAGCCAAGUUUCCCAAAUGGAUUGAUAAAAUUUUUCAAUAUUUCUGAGAAUCAUUUGUUUUCUGUUUGAAAUAUCGUGAAUGUAACUAUUUACACUCCACAAUUCCAUGUAGUUUGUCACAUGGAGAGAUUGUUGCUUGAAUUCUAACCAAGCUGCUAAUAGACACCACCUUCCACAUCAAA